GAACGUGGCUCAAACAAAGCCUUAAAUUAGAGACGCGGUUGGUGCGAAGGGUAGAUUUGGUGGUGGGGACUGGCGGAAGCUCAAAUUCAGAUAAACCAACUGCACGCAACUCCACGCGCCGCCCUUAAUGGCGUUGCAGCUCUCAAUAUCUUCGACUCCUAAAACGACGUUUCUUCUGCGUCCCUCUCCUUCAACCUCAUCCGCAACUGGGAUGCCAUCGACGGCGUCUUAUUCAAAGGUUCUGUUGCUGCCUCUCAGAAGCACUCGCGCUCGGAUUUCGACACAUGGACGGCGGAGGUCAUGGACUGUGCGUAUGGCACCUGAUGAAGAGAAGAUGACUCGUCGAUCCCCUCUUGAUUUCCCAAUUGAGUGGGAUAGGCCGAAGCCUGGACGGAGGCCUGACGUAUUCCCCCAAUUCAGCCCAAUGAAAACUCCAUUACCACCACCAAUGCCAGCUGACCCUCCAGAAGAAGAUGAGGAGGAAGAAGAAAAGAAAGAGGAAGAGGAGGAAGAUCCUGAAAAGCAAGACCCUGACAAGCCCGAUCAAUAAUGUCAAUUGGUAGCGGUUUGAAGAAGCCAAGGAGGAUUUCUUGCGACAUCCUACAGAGCUUAUUACCUGCAGCUUAUCUACGUGGGCAACAUACCACAAUGGUAUUAAUAAGCUUGAAAAGGAGAUUAUGAGAUAAUAGAAAACUCUCUUUUUACAGGGUCUCUCUCUGUUUUGUAGUCGAAAUUACCUUUGUUCACAUCCUUGUCUUUUAAAGUUACCUAAGAAUUAGUCAAUAUUUUCCGACUUCCCCCUUUUCUUUUUUCUUUUUAAAUUUACAGCAUCUCUUACCCUGUCAUAUACAUAACCUUUGAUGGUCAUGGACAUGAGUUUUGAUGCCUCGAUGAAUCCCAUUUUUAGACGUCCCGAUUAUGAAAUUCCAAAUAUACAGUUGCAUUAGAAUUCUA